GGCAUCUUCACUGCAUUAGAGGGAACAGCACUAAACUGUCUCCAUGUCGUUUGAGCAGGACACCUGCUACCUGUGUAAGGAAUACCUCAGGGAUGCCGUGUCCAUCCCGUGUGGCCACAUCUUCUGCUCCAUUUGCCUGAAGACAUACUGGGACCAUGCUGACCACACGGGCUCGUACCUCUGCCCACAGUGCAAGGUCAGCUACAGCAAGCGGCCCACCCCGAGGCGCAUGGGAGGCUCCCGGCAGUCCACCAUCCAACGAAACAGCGACUCCUUUCCACCUCCACCUCCGUCCCCUGACUACAACUACGCAGGACCCCAGGACGUAGGUUGUGACAUCUGUGUUGGCAAGAAGCACAAAGCCAUCAAGUCCUGCCUGAUGUGUCUGGCCCACUACUGUGAGAAACAUCUCAAGCCCCACUUUGAGUCAGCCACUUUUAAAAGGCACAAGCUGGUGGAUGAAAUCGGCCACCUGGACAGACAAAUCUGCCCCCAGCAUCAGAAGGGUCUGGAGCUGUUCUGUCGCACUGACCAGAUGUGUAUCUGCGUGCUGUGUACGGUGAAAGAGCACAAAGGUCACGAUAUGGUGUCUGCUGAGCAGGAGAGGUCAGAGGAACAACAAAGGCUGGGCGCCACCCAGGCUGAGAUCCAGGAAAAGAUUCACGACCGACUCAAGCAGAUGGAGGAACUAAAACAAGCAGUGGACUCACUCAAGAGUUCAGCCCAGAGAGCACUGCAGGAAUGCGAGAAGAUGUUUGGCGACAUGAUGCGCUCCAUUGAGAGGAUGCAGCAAGAGAUGACCAAGCUGAUCUCUUCCAACAAGCGAGCCGCACUCAACAGUGCAGAGGGCCACAUGGAGCGUCUGGGCCAUGAGAUUGCGGACCUGAAGAGGAGAGACAAUGAGAUCACCCAGCUGUCCCGCACUGAGGACCACAUCCACUUCAUCCAGAGCUACCACAUGCUGAUAGCCCAGAAUGAGGCUGAGGAGUUGCCUUCAGUGACCGUCAACCCUUACUUCAACUUUGGCCCGGUCAAUAAGGCCGUCUCUGAGAUGAAACAGCACUUGAAUGAAUUCAGCAAUGAGGAACUGGUUAAGGUAGCCAAGACAGUUAACAAAAUGACCUUCUGUCAACUGGAUGAAUCCAAGAAGAGACGGUCAAUUAAAAGUGAGGAAGCUGUCAUGUACAAGUCUCUACCAGUCCAGGAACCUCAGCACAGGGACGAUUUCCUGAAAUAUGCUUGCCAGCUGACUCUGGACCCAAACACAGCCUACAGACAGCUCUACGUGUCUCGAGGGAAUAGGAAAGCUGCCCUAAAGAGAGACCCCCAGUCCUACGGUGACAACCCUGCCAGGUUCGACUCCCUGCCCCAGGUCCUGUGUAUGGAGGCUCUCUCUGGAGGAGCUUACUACUGGGAGGUUGACUGGAGCGGUGAGGGGGCUGCUAUCGGAGUCACCUACAAAGGCAUCAAAAGGACGGGCUACGGAGACACCUGCCGCAUUGGCUACAACCGCAAGUCUUGGAGCCUCUUCUGCUCUGAUUCCAGCUAUUCAGCCCGCCACAACAAAGACCAGAUCGAGAUCAACGCACCCUACGCAUCACGUAUAGGGGUGUUCCUAGACCACACCGGGGGUACCCUCUCUUUCUACAGUGUAGGGAAGACCAUGUCUCUCAUUCAUCGCUUCAAGGCCUCCUUUAGUGAGGCUGUCUAUCCAGGCUUCUGGGUUUGGUACGAGUCAGCCAUCACCCUCAUCCAGCUGUAAUCAUAUAACACGCCUGCAAUGAUCAACUGUGAUUCAAUUUUGUAAUUGAUAUACAGAACAAAAACAUUACUUCACAUUGUCUUACUCCUACAUUAUAAUCCUCUGUUAUAAUUCUUUUAUAAGAUUUGAUACUUUGUUGUUUGUUUUUGGACUAUAUCCAGCAUGUGUUGAGUAUCAGGGGAACUGUUCUUGAUGACUGUGAACAUUCUGCAAAUUGACUUCAAUCAGGUGUUCAAAGUGAAUGAGCAUUUACAUUAUCAUGUGACAUAAUGAAGACUUUACUUGAUUGAAAUGUGCCAUUUGAUCAUUUAUAUGACUUAUUUAAUCAAUAAACAUUUUAUAACAAGGA